AUGCUCGUGUGGUGCUUGCAGAAUUCUCUGCUGAGGAAGGAGGAAGAGAUGGAGGUGUUGGCACGCCAGUGGCAGCAUCAGCUGGCAGAGCACCAAUCAGAGCUGCAGCAGCUGCAAAACAAACUCCAGGAGGCCCAGAAGCAGCUGCAAGAGCAGCAGCAGCAGCAGCAGCAGCAGCAACAAGAGUCCCCUGCCCCAUCGCCUUCCCUUUCCCGGGCUGCACGACAGGCAGAGCAGGAGAUACGGCAGCUCUUGGAGGAGGUGGAGCGGUGGAAGGAGCACUCAGCGGAGCUGGCGAGGGAGCGCAUGGACAAGGAGGACGAGCUGCUCGCCAUGCAGGAGGAGUGGAACAAAACGGAGUCGGAACUGCGGGUGCGGCUGACCCAGCUAGAGGCCGAGCGCAACCACUGGCAGAAGCAGUUUGCAGAGGCGUCAACCGGCCAGGCUGCAACUGCGCAUCGACCUCCCUCCCCCGCCCGCACUGCCUUUGCCUCCGCGUCUUCUGGAAACGGAGACAGUGGUGACAGUGGUGGUUUGAAUGGCAGCGGUGGUGGCGAUGGGGUGGGAGCUGCAAAUAAUUCGGUGACAGGAGCCGCAGCAGCUGAAGCAGAGGAGAAUACUGAAGAAGGAAUCGCGAAGCCUUCUGAUGCAGUUGCAGUAGCAGCCGGAGCAGGAGCAGGAGCCAGGGAAGGAGCGGGGACGUCAGAGGAGCUGGCAGCAGUGCAGCAGGAGCUAUUGGUGUGCAGGGCAGAGGUGGCGCAGUUGAAAGCAGCAGAGGAGAGGCUGAGCCACGAGGUGCAGUCCCUAGGGAAGGAGAAGCGGGAGCUGCAGAGAGAGGUGGGGUCGCUGAAUGAAGAGCUCAGGACGGAGAGAGAGCUAUCCGCGGAGGCUGGGGUGAUGGCCGAGCAGGAGUGGCAGAAACGGCAGGAGUUGGAACGGGUGAAGAGAGAUCUGGAGCGGCAGCUGGCUAAGGCGAAUGCCGCUCCGGCUAGUACUCCUACUGCUGCUGGUACUCCUGGUGGGCCUGCCGGUGGCACGCCUGCUGCUGUUGGUGAUCACAGGGCGGGAGAGGGAACCCUUGGGAUGCAGGGGAAAGGGGCAAUCGGGGCAGGUGGCGCAGCAGGGCAGGGCGGAGAAGGAGGAGACUCGGGUAUGAUGCCCAAGUCUCUGGAGUCUGUCUUUGAUGGGGCGGCAGACACAGGAGACCACAUGCAUGGAGGAGGAGGAGGAGGCGAGACGAGAGGUGAUUCAUUAGCAAGCGGUUCCACUGGUGGUAAUGGUGGUGGUGAGGGUGGUGGGAAUGGAGAGGCCGCUGGUGCUCUGCGGGAUGCGCAGUCGGCAGCGGCAGCGCUGGGGCUAGUGAAGGAGCAGCUAGAGCUGCAGGUGAAGGCGCUGAAAGAGCAGGGCGAGAUGCUGCAGCGGAAAGCAGAGGCUCUCCAGCAGGAGGUGGCAGUGCUGCAGCGGGAGGUGCAGGAGGGGCGGCACAAGGUGGCGGAGGCACGAGAGGAGCAGACCAGGGCGGAGCAGGAGAGGGACAGGGAGGGGAUACGGGGUGCGUUCAACCGCGUGUGCCUGCAGCUGGUAGGGGAGGCGAAGGAGAGGGUGGAAGAGGAGGCGGCGGCGGCGGCAGCGCUUGUGGCGUCGGCGAACGAGAGGGAGAAGUCGGCGGAGAAGUGUCUGUUUGCGCUGCUGAGCGAGGUGGCGCGGCUGGUGAAGGUGCACGAGGUGCAGGCGAGGAACAAGGGAGCCUCGUACCACCGAUACCGCAUCACUCUGGCGGAUAUUGAGAGCGUGAAGGAGGACCUCCAGGAGGUGGUGCGGAGUGUGGAGACUCACGCGGCUGUGGCCGAACGAAGCCGCGUGAAGGGAUGGUCCGGGACUGGCUCGGACCUUACCAGCAUGGCUGAUGCCAUUGCUGCUGCCUCUGCUGCUGCCUCUGCUGCUGCUUCGGCUGCUGCUACGGCUGCGGCUUCCGCUGCUGUGUCUGCUGCUGCUGGUGCGUCGUCAGUUGUGGGAGGGGGAGGCGGGGGAGGGGCUGAUUGGUCGGGAGCUCAAACCCGGGGGAUGCAGGUGCAAGGCAGGGACGAGGAGCCUCCAGCCAAUGCAUUGAUGGCAGAGCUACUGGAAAAGGAGCUUGACAGGGUGAUGAGCAGGGUCGCAGAUGCGGAGAAUCUGCAGGUGGCGAUUGGGGCUGUGGUGGCGGAGGAGAGGAGAUUAGUAGAGGAUGUGCAGAGAGACCUGCAAGCAGUGCAGGCGAAGCUGGUCGAGGCAGAGAUGAUUCGCGAGCAGGCAGAGGCGCUGCGCGAAACAGAGCGGGUUCUGAGCAAGGAGAUUGAGGAGGAGGGCAAGGAGGCCAAGGUGCGGGCUUUGGAGGAGGAAGAAGUGGAGGGGAGGAUCAUUGCUCUAGAGGCAACGGAGCAGGUGAUUAGAUCAGAUCUGGAAGAGAAGAGCCUGCGGCUGAGGCAGAUUGAUCGAGACCACCCAGAUCUGAGUGCGGCUGUAAGCAUGGCAGGAACGGGGGAGGGCGGCGCAGCAGCAGGGCUGAAGAAGCUGUUUGCUCUUGGGAGGGCGGCGGAGCCUGCGGUUGUGGUUCCACCGUCGCUGUCCGCUGUGGCGAAGGAGAGGGCGAAGCUGCUGGAUGAGAUACGGGUGAUGCGGGAGCAGCUCAUGUGGACACAGUCGUCGCUCAUCAAGGCUCGACAGCGACUGCCGGAGCUGCAUCAGGAGGCAGUGGAGUGCCGGCGAAGGGUGGAGAAGAAGGAGAAGGAGGCUGUGAGGGUCAGGCAGUGGCUUCAAGACCAUGCCGCUGCUGUUGGGGGCACAGGGGGAGGAGAGACAGGAGGGGGUGGGGCAGGAGAAAGAGCAAGGGGAGGGGAAGCAGUGCCAAGGGUGGGGGUUGGAGGAGGCAAGGCAGGUGUGGUGGGAGGGUUGUAUGGUGGGAUUGGAAGCGUUGCUGGUGAUAAAGAAGAUGCAAGCAAGAAGAGUGGUGGCGGUGGCAGUGCUCCCGUGGUGGAGGAGCAACUGCAAGUUGGAAAUAGCCAAAUGGUGGAUGAAGGAGGGACAGCGGUGCAUAGAAGGGUGGAACCAGUGGGAGGCUACGAUGCUGGGGAGGAGGAGGAUGAGAACGAUGAGGUGGAGUGCACGGAGGGAGAUGAAUAUAUAGGAGAGGGGGGUGACGAUGAGGACUACGGAGAGGAUGAUGACCAACCGAAUGAGUGUGUGCAGGUGGUGGCCUCUGAGCUGGAAGAUAACCUUCCACGCGCAACUUGCGUGACUUCCCCGCGCAACACGCGCAACGUCAUACAUAAUGCCGCUAGCAGCGACUUUUUCUCGCCGUCUUUUCGCCAUGUCUUUACUUCUCCACCCGCCUCCCACUUUCACCCUUUCACCCGAUCCUCGUCAUCUUUCCUCGCUCAUUUCCGUCAUUCCGUCGCCCGUAUACCCGCCCCUCCUUGCCCUCCUGCCCAUUCGAACACCGCUUUCUCUUCCUUACCCCCCCUUAUCCCUCGCCGCCUCCGGUACUACGAUCGCAUCCUCAUCGUCAUCAUAAUCGCGACCCAACCGUCGCAGCGGUACGAGCAGACGGGCAACGCCAUCUGCCUCAAGGCGCGCGACGACAAUGCGGCGGCCGCCACGCAGAGCGGCGCGUUUGACCUCAACUACGCUGACGUCAUGUUCGCCGGCGUCAACCCAGGCUCAUCCAUCAAGGACGGGAAUGGCAUCUGCUACGACAGCGCGGUGCCUGGGAGCGCGUCGUUCCUCGACAUCCAAUACUACGUCAACAUCACCUUCUUCGGUCGUACCUACAUCGCGUCGCUCCCCACGCGCCUGCUGCCCGCGGUCGUCGCACAGGCCUCGUUCAGAGUGAACGUGUGGUGGAACCGCGUCGCUGGUGCCGACCAGGGGCCGCCGUCCGCGGACGGCGGCAGCGGCCGCAGCGGCGGGUCUGACGGUGCUGCUUCUGCUGCGGGCGCGACGGCGGCGGCGGCAGCGGCGGCGGAUGCGGCGGCUUCUGCAGCUGCUGUUGCUGCUGGCGCAGAUGCGGGCGGAACCGGAAGUUUGAAUGGCCAACAGCAGCAGGGAGGGGCGGAUGUGGUGGUACUUAAUGCGGUGAACAAGGCAUCGAAGCCUCUGGAAGUGAUUGGUGCGCCCACCCUCGUGUCUCUGGAACCCGCUGACUCCCCCAAACAGCCCACCACCGAAACUGUUGCAGCCCCAGCCGCAGCCUACUCUCUUCGCUACACAACGUUCGACGUCGCCCUGCGCUACGUGCUCCCCAAGUACCUCACCCCAGCCUACGCCUCCAACGGCCAGCUCUCCUUUGCACCACGGGCCUCGCAACCAGGCGCGACAGGCGCUGCCGCCAUCCUGUUCACGUCGGAGCGAGACGCGGUGUACGCGGGCGGCGUCACGUGGAUUGUCUCGUACCUUGUGCAUCGCCCGGACCCGUCGCCGUCGUCUGUGGGCUUCCAGUUUGUGCUCUUCGAGGCGUCCUUCUACCAACCGCCGCCCAAUGCAACCCCCAUGGCGCGGCGGUUGCUGCUGGCGCAGGGGGCGGCAGCAGAAUGCAGUGGGCUGGUGUGCCCUGGGAGGACUGACUCGGCGCGCUCAGCCGUCUCCACAACCAUACUUCCGCGCCUCGUUCGCCUCCAUCCUCGCUCGAUUUUCUUCCCCAUCGCCAUGGCUCUCACUGUCGCUUCCGCGGGCCUCUCUUCCACCGUCAGCAACUCUCUCGGCCACCGCGCCGCUACAAACGCUGGUCUGUCCACUUCAGCGUCCGCCUCCCCGCUUUCCAUUUCCGCGACCCGCCGCGCCUCUUCUGCUCCGCGGGGCUCCUCGUGGCUGCGCGGAUCCCCCGUGCAGCUUCCGGCGCGCGGCCUUUCGGCGGGAUCUCUCGGGGGAGCGAUUAAGCCCGCCCGCAGAGGCGGCGGAGGGGCGAUGACUGCGACGGCGGGAUUGGGAGACGCCGCGGGGUUGACGGCCGCCGCGUACGGCGCUUCUCUGCUGUUCGGCGGCCUCUUCGCAUACCUCCGCACGGGCAGCAAGUACUCUUUGGGAGGCGGGCUGACGGGCGCUGCGCUGUUCGCCACGGCCUUCUAUCUCAUUCAGAGCGCUCAGACGGAGUCCCUAGGCAACGCUCUGGGCUUUGGCGCUGGCCUGCUCUUCUGCGCCCUCUUUGCCAUCCGCCUCUUCCUCACAGGAAAGCCCAUGCCCGCUGCCCCUCUUCUUGCCUUCAGUGCUGCUGCCACUGCUGUUUUUGCAUCCGCCUAUUUUGGCGCAUGA